CAAAGGGAGGAAAACUACCUUACAGAGCCCUCUGAAAAUGGAGAAAAGAGUUCUCCUCCUCAUGUCCUCUCUGUUUAAAGAUAUUUAAAAAAAAGAAAAUUGACUAAUUUAGGCACCUAAAUAAUUAAAGUUUACUCCUUGUUUACUUGUUAAUCAAUAUAUAAGCCUCAAAAUCUUCAUUUCGGAUUCACUAGAUGAGAGAAUAGUGAAAGACAGAGAGAGAGAGAGAGAGAGAGAGGGAUUUCCUUCAUAGGUAUGAAAGAGAUGAUGAUUUUCUUCUUAUCUCCAAGGGAUUAUUUGUGGAAAUUUUAUUGCAUCAGCAAAGCAUAGAAGCUCUAUUUCUAGAUCACUGCUUCCUCAUAUGAAAACAAAUCAGAAACCCCACUUGUUUUUUUCCCUGCCAAGUUUGAAAUCUCACAUGUCAAUUUUCAAAACCCCAGUGAGUUAAAUUGUUCGUUUGUUCUCUCUUCAGUUCCAUCACUAAUUUUAUUAAAUUUUCUGUCAAAAUGAGAGAAAAUUGACAUCCAACCCCUCAAAGACUUGAGAGAAAUCUGGUGUCUCUGUUACCUCCGGUGGGUUUUGUGAGGAAGAGAAGAGGCUCUGGAAGAUGGCAGGAGGAUCCUUUGGGCCGGCCGGUGUGGCCAAGGAGAGAGCAGAACAAUAUCAAGGGAGAGUUACCUUAUAUGUGAUCAUUGCAUGUAUUGUUGCGGCUGUUGGUGGCUCAAUCUUUGGAUAUGAUAUUGGGAUUUCAGGAGGAGUGACAUCUAUGGAUGAAUUUCUUGAGAAAUUUUUCCAUAGGGUAUAUUUAAAGAAGCAACAUGCACAUGAAAACAAUUACUGCAAGUAUGAUGAUCAAAGGCUGGCAGCUUUUACCUCUUCCCUGUACCUCGCCGGAAUGGCUGCAUCUGUGGUGGCAGGUCCUGUUACUAGAAUGUAUGGACGCCGGACAAGUAUAAUUUGUGGAGGUAUUAGCUUUCUUAUUGGAGCAGCCUUAAAUGCUGCAGCUAUUAACCUGGGAAUGCUCAUCUUAGGCAGGAUCAUGCUUGGUAUUGGCAUUGGAUUCGGGAAUCAGGCUGUUCCGGUGUAUUUAUCGGAGAUUGCACCGACUCAUCUUCGAGGAGGACUAAACAUUAUGUUUCAGUUAGCAACUACAACUGGGAUAUUUACAGCAAAUAUGGUCAAUUAUGGAACACACAAGCUUAAACCAUGGGGAUGGAGGCUCUCCCUCGGACUAGCAGCAGCCCCAGCUCUUUUAAUGACUGUGGGAGGGAUACUUCUGCCUGAGACACCUAACAGUUUAAUUGAACAGGGAUUCAAAGAGAAAGGGAGGAAAGUAUUAGAGAAGAUUAGAGGAACCAAAAAUGUUGAUGCAGAAUUUGAAGACAUGCUAGAUGCCAGUGAGCUGGCAAACUCGAUCAAGCAUCCGUUCAGAAACAUACUAGAAAGGAGGAACAGACCACAAUUGGUCAUGGCAAUCUUUAUGCCAACGUUCCAGAUCUUAACAGGCAUAAAUUCAAUUCUCUUCUAUGCUCCAGUGCUGUUCCUGAGCAUGGGAUUUGAAGGAACUGAUUCCCUCUACUCCUCAGCUGUGACUGGUGCAGUCCUUUGGUCAUCUACCUUCAUUUCAAUAUUAACAGUUGACAGAUUGGGCAGAAGAAUUUUACUUAUCAGUGGUGGAAUACAAAUGAUUACAUGCCAGGUAAUAGUGGCAAUAAUCUUGGGACUGAAAUUUGGAGAUAACCAGCAGCUAUCAAAAGGAUUCUCAGUGUUGGUUGUGGUUGUGAUUUGCCUCUUCGUGGCGGCUUUCGGAUGGUCAUGGGGUCCCCUUGGCUGGACAGUGCCGAGCGAAAUAUUUCCACUGGAGACUCGCUCAGCUGGGCAGAGCAUAACAGUAGCUGUAAACCUUUUCUUCACAUUCGUCAUAGCACAGUCUUUCCUUGCACUGCUUUGUGCAUUCAAAUUUGGAUUCUUCCUCUUCUUUGCUGGGUGGAUUACUAUCAUGACCAUCUUUGUUUACAUGUUCUUGCCUGAAACCAAGGGAGUUCCCAUUGAAGAAAUGAUAUUCCUCUGGAGAAAACAUUGGUUCUGGAAGAGGAUAGUGCCUGGGGAUCCAGCAGAAGUUGAGGACAGCAGGCAAAGCCAUGGAAUUGAGUGAAGGUGUUAUAUUUGCAGCUACGUAGCCCAUUGACUGAUGCAAUAAGCAACUCACCUGAGGAGAAAUUUCAAUAUCCCCUACAUUUGCUUUUCACAUAACAACUCACAGUUGAUGUAUCAGAUAAGCUGAUGUGUUAAGAAAGUGUCUAAAAGGGUCAGAACCAUUUAUAUUAAUGGUUCCAUCAAGAAAGACUUCACGGUUAUAUUC